AUGGUUGCUUGUGAUCAUUUUGUACUAUGCAAAGCAGCUCUAAUAUUUGGAGUGACAAGAUGGAUACUUUCUUGGGCACGAGAAUUGGUCAGGAGCUACUUGUACAUCUUCUCUUGGUCACUAGAAUAUGAUGAGCCCACAUUACAAUCUUCAUCACCAAUUCAUCCCUCUUCUUCAGGUUUGGAAAUGGUGAGGAAUUAUCUCAGUUUGACCACAUUUGAAACUGUUGCAGCCAGGCUGCCGCAAGAAGAAAGCCAUAACAUGUCAUGUGCUGUUUGCUUAAAGCAAUUAAGGAAGAAAAAUCAGGUCUGGGAGCUUAGCAAUUGCAGGCAUAUUUUCCACAAGGAAUGCUUGGAUAGAUGGCUUGUUUAUGAUGCUCGUUUGACAUGCCCUCUUUGUAGAACUUCUUUGAUCUCCAUUAGUACGUCAGAGUUGCAUUCUUCCAUGCAACAGCACCAGCAGCAGCCUAGUUGGGCUGUGGAGAGGAUUCUUUAUCUGUUCGGGGAUGAUAUGCUGUGUUCAUCUUCUUACUCCCCAUGA